UGUUUGAAACGUCUUAUAAAAAUGAACAGAGGAAGUAUUUUAAAUCCCUCUUGUUUGUCUUUUCAGCAUACAAAACAUUUUAAGUCGAAAAACUGUAGUUUCCCAUUCCAUUCGGCAAUGUGCAUCUGCAAUUCAAAUCACACCUUUCAGUAACUUGGAACCAGUGUGAUUUUGACCUCAUCAUCUCGGUAAGUGUUGAUAGCAGUUUGGGCAUUUUGAAAAUUAAGGCUAGCAAUGCUAUCACAUGAAUUUCCAGCUCUUUGCGACGAUACUUUGAUUGGGAAGGAAAAAAAAUCACCAUCUCUGCAGCAUAAUUUUGUGCAAUUGAACACCUUUGCAACGAUACUUCUCAAGUGGUUUCCCACUCAGAGGGACUCCCUUGUCACCAUUUUCGUGUAUUCCACGAACUGUUAACUGACAGUCGUAUGGAUGAAUCAGUGGGCAGGCCUGCUCGAUCGAGGAUUACUUUGCAUGCAGCCCGUUGAUGGUUGGCCGGCCGGGACGCUCGGGGUGGAGCACCGCGGGGAAAUGUGACGCCGACGCCGACCUUCUAGUCGCAUCGGCAUGGCCAGGCCAGGAUCUUCUCCCCCCGAACCCUCCCGGCCAUGCCGAGACCCAAGGCAGAGAGGCCCGUGCCGCCGCCGGCCUCCCGCCGGUCCCUCGCGGCGGGCGGGCUGGGCCUGGCGGCCGCGGCGUACGUGGGCGUGGACUACCUCAGCCGCGCGUCCCCCUCGCUGCACGGGCGGCUGCAGCCGGCCAUCUGGGCGGCGCUGGCGCUCGCCACCGCCGCGCGGGCGCCCUUCUACCGCCGCUGGGACGCCGAGAUCCGCGCCGCCCCGUGGUUCCUCGCCGCCAUGCUCCUCAUGCUCGCCGCCCUGCUCUGCGAGGCCAUCUCCGUCCGGUUCGUGUCCAGCGUGCUCGGCCUCCGGUGGCAUAGAUCUACUGCUCCUCUUCCGGACACUGGCCAGUGGCUUCUUCUAGCACUAAAUGAGAGGCUUCCUCAAACCGUGGUUUAUCUAUUGAGAGCCCACAUCAUCAGUCUACAUCAUUAUUUGAUGUUGUUUAUCAUGUUGGGAUUCUCGGCAUUUUUUGACUGCAUCAAAGGCCCUGGCCUUGGAAUAGGCACAAGGUAUAUGUUCGUUAUGGCGGUCGGGCGUUUUCUUCGGACCAUAACAUUUGUUUCGACAAUUCUUCCAUCCGCAAGGCCUUGGUGUGCUGCUGCUCGAUAUAAAAUACCUGACCAUCCUCAUGCUUGGGCACAAAAGUAUUAUGUUCCGUAUGCUUCUGAUCCGCGUGCAAUCCGCAGGGUCAUACUAGUGGAUAUGCCAUAUGCCAUUGUUCAAAAUUAUACUGAUUACUAUAGACCUGAUUGGGCAUAUAUGAACUUCCUAAUAGAUAUAUUGAGGCCCUCUGCCGGAGAGGGGCCUUCGUGGUAUCAUUUGGUGAAUAAAGCCGGUGGUGGUUGCAAUGAUCUUAUGUAUAGUGGUCACAUGUUUGUUGCUGUCCUGACUGCUAUGGCAUGGACGGAAGCGUACGGGGGAUGGAUAUCAGUGGGAAUAUGGUUUCUAGUCCUGCACAGUGCCCAGAGGGAGAUACGGGAGCGUUAUCAUUAUAGUGCCGACUGCAUUGUAGCAAUUUACAUUGGAAUCCUCUUGUGGCGGGUCACUGGGUUCAUCUGGUCCACGAGGGAUUUAGAUCAAGCCAGAAGACUUGCCAAACUCGACGAGGUUCAGAACAGAUUAUUUCAUGCUGCAAAGGACUCGGACAUCGACGAAAUAAGGGGGCUGCUAAAUGAAGUUGAGAUGGCUGGACAGUCAAAGAGGACCUUCUCACAGGGUGUCAUCUUAUCCUUUGCUGCUUUUAUGAUUACAUUCACCCUCCUGUUUGUUCUCCUUGCAUUCUCACUUACUAGCAAUGGAUGAUUGAUUGGCAUCCUGCCUUCCAUUUAUUUUUGCCAGAAGUAUAUUUUAGUCAGUGCUCCUGAUCUUGUCGAUGCUUAUAUUGGCUGAGAACUUGGGAAUUGAUACUAACAGGUAGUUCUAUAGCAGGGAACCUACUUGUUGAUAAAAACAUGUAGGUUUUGCUGAUAAAGGAAUGAUUAUUUCUUGCCUUUCA